UCUUGUGACAGUACUGACAGACGACAGUGACAGCAACGAGAGCUGCCAAAUUGUUGUGUAGCAAAAACUUUGAGAUAUUUCGUUGCAUAAUAAUUUCAAGGGGGCAACAGAAAACCAAAAAGGAUGAAGCCAGCCAACGUUUCGAGCUAUCUAAGGUCCGUCAGCCAAGUGGUGAGCAACCAACUGAAUACUGGCAAGCAAAUCGCCAUCCUGCCAACAAAACCUACAGUCCACAUCCCCUUUACUGGAACAUCCCCUUACGUCCUCAGCAGAGCCCUGCCAAAUGGAAACGUUUCGAUCACCUCGGGACCAGCUGUCUCCUGCCAGGUGAGGUGGGCCCACACUGACAUCACUGUCCCAGAUUGGAGCCACUAUCGCAAAGACAGCACGAAGAGUCCCACUUCUAAGGCUGCCGAUUCGGAAGAUAGCAGAAGAAAUUUUGCUUAUUUGAUGGUCGGAGGUCUCAGCGUUGGGACUGCCUAUGGGGCCAAGACUUUGGUGACUCAGUUUGUCAGUUCUAUGAGCGCCUCUGCUGAUGUUUUGGCUAUGGCCAAGAUCGAGAUAAAGCUGGCUGAAAUUCCCGAGGGAAAAUCUGUUACCUUCAAGUGGAGAGGUAAACCCCUUUUCAUCCGGCACAGGACACAAUCAGAAAUCCAGGCUGAACAGACAGUGGCAGUGGCUUCUUUGAGAGAUCCCCAACAUGACAAUGAGCGUGUCCAGCACCCAGAAUGGUUGGUGGUUCUUGGGGUGUGUACACAUUUGGGGUGUGUGCCUAUUGCCAAUGCUGGUGAUUUUGGGGGUUACUAUUGCCCUUGCCAUGGCUCUCACUAUGAUGCUUCUGGCAGAAUUCGCAAAGGGCCUGCACCUCUCAAUUUGGAAGUUCCUCAGCAUUCUUUUGUCAAUGAGGGUUUACUAGUUGUUGGUUAGGUCAAUGUUUUGAUUUUCUGUCGAGUUUUCAUUGGUGUAAAUGAAUUUUAUUUAUUUCUGUAAGAUCCAAUAUCUGAAGUUUCAGAGAAUUAUUAUUCCAGGAUUUUUUAAAAUUAUGUACAUAGAAGUUGUAUUUGGAGAAUAAAUCAUUUCUUUGGAAUUCUAUU